UUAUACAUACAUAGAUUUUCAGUCGUAAUUGCAUUUACAUCUAUUUGCAAUUUGAGUUAUCUAUAAAGUUUGUCAUGUACUUAUUGAUUUAGAGAUGCAGUAUACACUACUUAGCAUUUUUCUCUUAUCCGAUACUUUUAUAAAAUUGCAUACAUAUUGCUAUGGAAUAUCCACAAAAAUUGUUUUCUAUCGACAGUUUGGAUUUAGAAAUAUUAACGAUUAAAGAAAUAUUACAAAUAUUAGAUUUAUGUAAGAAUUUAAACCGUUGCAAUCUACAAAAUCUAGCUGUCUCUUUAUUUAUUUACAUACAACUAUACUACUAUCCUCGAACAGGGAACAGAAUAGAUAUAAAGUCGAGUUGGACGUUUAAAGUAUAGAUCAGUUUGAUCCCAAUCGCGAGUUAGGGUGAUAUACGACACUUUCCUUUUUCUCAAUAUUCGGAUCAAAAAUGAAAGUAAAAAUACUUCUCCUCUUUGCUAUUUUCACUUUGACAAGCUUUAUCAAAGCGCAAGAUACGACUUCAACAAUGGAUAAACUGUACGUACAAAAGCAGAUUAAUUGUGUCUUAAGUUUGAGACAAUGCGACUCGAUAGGAAGAAAAAUUAUAGCUUUGUUGCCAGAAGCGUUGAACAAUCAUUGUGAACGUUGUACACCUCAACAAGCUGCACUUGCACGCAAAUUGACAGUAUUUAUGCAACAAAAUUAUCCCAAUGAAUGGAAAUUGAUUAUACGCCGUUAUAAAUUGUUGAGAUAUUUUACAUAGGAUGAAAGGAUAUCAUGGAA